AUGUCAAGUGAUCCUUUAACUUCAAACGCACGCCCAGCUACUGAUUCAUUAAUCACUGUCCGUAUUAUAAAAUCAUUCCCUUAUAGAAAUGUCAAAAAUCAUAUAAUCAAGGACAUCGAUUUGAAAUCAACCACGCCAAAGGAGUUAUUGGCAAAGUUAAUUGAUAUCAUCAACACCACAGGUGGAUUAAGACCAUAUAGAAACAUUGAAUACAACACUGUCAAGAUAUAUACCAAAGCCCAUGGAUCCAAAUCUAUGAAUCUUGUGAUCAAUUUCGAAAACGAUGAUGAUUGGGUACUUGUCAGCCCAAGUGUCGAAGGAUCUGAUAAAAGUUUAUGGGACUUGGGUAUUCAGAAUGAAACUGAAUUGAGUUUAUUCAAUUGGAAUGAUUAUGUUGAGUAUAAAGGUAAUCCAGUUGAAAAAUGGUAG